UUUUCCAUCUGAUGGGAGGUGGUGGGACAGCAGUUCUCAGAAAUAGGAGGAAGCUUGUUGGACAGCUCGUCCAGUUGCUCUCACUCCGACCUUCAGCUGCUGAGUCUCCUUCCUCUGACUCUCAGCCUGUCUGCUGGAUUAUUGCACUUCUGCUGUUUUACACAUUGGAAUGACAUCCUCCUGAACUGAGGCUGCUGUAAUGAGAGCCUCUAUCCUUGGAUCAGUUUGUGCUCUUCUCUUGCUCCUGCGGGAGCCCGGAUGCCGGGGAGAUGAGGUUACGACCAGCACAGUGAACCCAUGCUGUUACCUCCCGUGUCAGCACUGGAGCGUCUGCGUGCGCUACGGCGAGGACAAGUAUGAGUGCGACUGCACUCACACCGGAUACUACGGAGAAAACUGCACCGUCCCUGAACUUUGGACCCGGGUGCGUCGGUUCCUCAGGCCCAGUCCAGAUGUGGUGCACUACAUUCUCACCCAUUUCCACUGGCUGUGGGACGUCAUCAACAACACGUUCUUACGGAACGUCCUCAUGCGGCUGGUUCUGACGGUGAGGUCCAACCUGAUCCCCAGUCCUCCCACGUUCAAUUCAAAAUAUAACUACCUCAGCUGGGAGUCCUACUACAAUCUCAGCUACUACACCAGGAUCCUGCCGCCUGUUCCUGAGGAUUGCCCCACGCCCAUAGGGGUCAAAGGCCAAAAUGGCCUCCCGGACCCUGAGGUUUUGGUUGAGAAGCUGCUGAAAAGAAGGACAUUCAGGCCCGACCCUCAGGGCUCCAAUAUGAUGUUUGCUUUCUUUGCUCAGCACUUCACCCACCAGUUCUUCAAGACCUACAACCGCAUGGGUCUGGGCUUCACCAAGGCUCUGUCACACGGGGUGGAUGCGGGCCACAUUUAUGGAGACAACCUGGAACGUCAGCACAACCUCCGGCUUUUCAAAGACGGAAAACUGAAAUAUCAGUUGAUCGAUGGAGAAAUGUACCCUCCAUCUGUAGCUGAUGCUCCCAUCAAGAUGAGCUACCCUCCCGGGGUCCCGGCGGAGAGACAGAUGGCCAUUGGUCAGGAGGUGUUCGGGCUCCUUCCUGGUUUGGGUUUGUACGCCACACUGUGGCUCAGGGAGCACAACAGAGUCUGUGACGUCCUGAGAGCAGAGCAUCCGACCUGGGACGAUGAGCAGCUUUUCCAGACGACCCGCCUUGUCAUCAUCGGCGAGACCAUACGGAUCGUGAUAGAGGAGUACGUGCAGCACCUGAGCGGCUACCUGCUGCAGCUCAAGUUCGAUCCCACCCUGCUCUUCCACUCCCACUUCCAGUACGGGAACCGCAUCGCGCUGGAAUUCAGCCAGCUCUACCACUGGCACCCGCUGAUGCCCGACACCUUCCACAUCGACGGAGACGAGCUGACGUACGCGCAGUUCCUCUUCAACACGUCUGUCCUGACGCACUACGGCGUGGAGAAACUGGUGGAUGCCUUCUCUCGGCAAGUUGCUGGCCAGAUUGGUGGAGGCCACAACAUGAACGCUAUUGUCUCCAAAGUCGCUGUGACAACGAUAAAGGAGUCCCGCGAGCUCCGGAUCCAGCCUUUCAACGAGUACAGGAAGCGUUUUAACCUCGAGCCGUACACAUCAUUCAGAGACUUCACCGAUAACGAGGAGAUAGCCAGCACCCUCGAGGAGCUCUACGGGGAUAUCGACGCUCUUGAAUUUUACCCCGGGUUACUGCUGGAGAAGACUCGAACGGGGGCGAUAUUCGGAGAAAGCAUGGUGGAAAUGGGCGCCCCCUUUUCCCUCAAAGGCCUCCUGGGUAACCCCAUAUGCUCCCCAGCAUACUGGAAGCCCAGCACAUUCGGAGGCAAAGUCGGCUUCGACAUCGUGAACUCGGCCACUCUGAAGAAGCUGGUGUGCCUGAACUCCCGGACGUGUCCCUACGUGGCGUUCAGUGUUCCAGCAGAGGAGAAACCAGUCAGGAAAGAACCAAGCACUGAGCUAUGACCAUGUGCAGAUCCCCGGGGAGGGGGGGUUGUGUUUUUUUUUUGUUUGUUUUUUUACUCCAAGUGGCUUCACAAAGCAAGCAAAGAUAUUCGUUUGGAGAAAACAGCAGUGCUUGUUUUAGCAGCACUGCAGAUCGUUACAGAGCCCAGUGCUCUGUGUGAAAUCCAACUCUCCUGUUACUAAACUCGCUUGCAGCGCGUCCCACACUUGAACGAUCACAUCAAUGAGGAGCCGAACGUGGUUUUUUUUUAUUAAAUGCUUUCUGCCUACAGACUGAAAAGUUGUUGAAGUUUGGACCGUCCGAUAAAAUAGACGUGUAUUUGUUGGUAAAUAGUUUAUUUUGGAAUAAAAACUAUACCCACAUGAUGUGCUGUUUUCAAUGAAUAAAGAUUGGAAGGUGACA